GACGAUUUCACCACGAUGAGCUCUGAACCCACGAAUUUCUCCGGGGCAUUGGCCACAUGGAAGGAAAUAAAUCUUUCUGAACUCCAGAAAACUCUUGACGCGCAAGGGAUACAACUUGUCGACAACCAGAAGGAGAGUGUUGUCGGGCGCAAGGCUUUGGCCGACAAAACCAAGGAGUUCAAGAAAAUACCGGACAGCGAGAAGCUCGAGGCGUUCAAGGGUUUGCUGAAAGCCUACCAAACAGAGAUAGACAGUCUCACCAAACGAUCCAAGGCCUCUGAGAAUGCAUUCCUCGAUGUGUACAAGGUGCUUGCGGAAGCGCCGGACCCAUAUCCGUUGCUGGAAGCCGCUGUUGACCAAACAGUCAAAGUUGCCGAAGCACGCGACUUUGAAGCGGAGCUAAAACGGCUGCGGGAAGAAAACGUGGACCUACGGAAACGCGUCAGUGACUUUGCCUCAACCGAAGCCGCCAAGAAGAAGUCCGAGCAGAAAGUCGAGCAGCUCGAGCAGAAGAUGGAGGAAAUGAUCCAGGAGAAAGUUGCUCAGAAGGAGAACGAACUGAAUGCCACUUAUGACGAAAAACUGCGCAACUACGAAGAGAGGGAGCAAGACCUGCAAAAGCAAGUCGCAUUAACGAAAAAUCAAUUGCUGGAUUUGCGCAUGUCAAAUGAAUCGAACCAAGCGAAACUCAUGGAUCAAGGCCAAAAACAAGACAAAGAAGUUGUAGCCAAGUUGGCGGAACUUGACAUGGUCGUCGCCGAUUUGGAGCGUGCCAAUAGUCGUGUGGUCACAGUUGAACGCCGUAACGAGAUACUGCGAGCGGAGAUAGAAACUAUUCGUACUGGCUCGGAGAGUUCAGACCGGGUCAAAUCUUUGCAGUCUCAAAUCGCUGAUUUGGAAGCUGAAUCCGAGCGUUUGUCUCGCGUGCUAGAGUCGCAAAAGCAAGUCUCCUCCGAGGCGACAGUUGCCGCUCAGAAGCGGAUAGAUGACCUUUCGCGCGACAUUCAGAUUAAGGCGAGCGAGAUUGACCAGCUCAAGAGCAAACUUAAACAAUAUGGAGACUAUGACGAGAUCAAACGUGAACUAGAAAUUAUGAAGUAUGUUGAAUUCGCGGGCCUUGAUGACGCAGACGAUGAGGAAGGAGAUCACGACACUAAACCCGACUCUGGGUUGCAAUUGCCAAAUCCAAAUGCUCAGAAAGCCAAUGCCCAUCGCGGAAAGACGCUGGAAGCUCUUUUGGCCACGAAGAACAAGAAGUUGCUGGAAGAACUCACCAAGUUUAGAAUCAUUCACACAGAACUCGAGGCCUCAUUAGCAUCCGCCGAAGAACAACUGUUUACAACAAAGGCCGAACUAGAGAAGCAGAAGGACCUCAACGAGAAGUUAGAAACUGAUCUACUGUCUAUGAAUUCCCACAAGCCCAACGGCGACCUCGAUGCUUCCGAAACGGAUACAGGAGAUGUUUUGGCUGGACUAGAUCUCGGUCGCAAAGCUGACCCAUCAGUGAGAAGCACUCCAAUACCAUUCUCCUCUUCCGCCGACACAACCAUUCUUCCUAUUGUUACGAGCCAGAGGGACCGAUUUCGGCAACGGAAUGCUGAAUUGGAGGAGGAACUGCGCAAACAAUUCCAGAUUAUUUCCGAGCUACGGGCUGAGAUCAAGAACCUGCAAGCAGAUAACCUCAAGCUCUAUGAGAAAGUGCGAUAUAUGCAGAGCUACCGAGAAGAGGCCGGGUCGCGUCCGGUCACUUCGCAACUCGAUCCUCUGCCUGCCUCACAAUCUAGCUCAUCACGUGUUGACGACAUGAGCAAGUAUCGGGCAAGAUAUGAGGAGGCGAUGAAUCCCUUUGAGGCCUUCCGGGGACGGGAAGCGACAAGGGCAUACCAAAACCUGAACCCAAUUGAACGUGGUGUGCUCAUUCUGACUCGCGGUAUCCUAGGAAAUCGACGGACUCGGGCGUUCUUCAUCGUCUACGCGAUAGCGCUGCACUUGUUAGUCAUGUUUUCGACCUACGAAUGCACUGCGACAUCUGGUGGAGACUAUCAAAGACAGCCAGGCCCGCGGUAA